AUGCGAUUUUAAACUAUUUCUUUAGAUUACAUCCGAAAGAGUAUUUCACAGGUUUACAAGCCUACAAUUGGAGCAGAUUUUCACAGUAAAAAGCUAGAGAUCAUGGAGGGUGAUGAAUUAAAGCAUGUGACUUUACAGAUAUGGGAUACAGCUGGCCAGGAGAGAUAUCAGAGUCUGGGAGUGGCUUUUUACAGAGGAGCUGAAGCUUGUGUGCUAGUCUAUGAUAUUUUGAACUAAAGAAGUUUUGAGAACUUGACUAUAUGGAAAUAAGAUUUCUUAGUUAAAGCUAAUCCGAAGGAUCCUGAUAACUUCCCAUUUUUCGUCUUUGGCAAUAAAGUAGAUAAGGCUAAUGAACGAAAAAUUCCAGUAGCUAAAGUAGAAGAAUGGCUGAAAAAGAAUAAUAACAUUCCUUAUGAGGAAACCUCCGCUAUGGAUGGAUCGAAUGUAGAAAUAGCAUUUAAUAGAAUAGCACAGUAACUUUUAAAGCAAGUUAUGGCUUAAGAUUAGUCUAUUCUACCGUAAAAAAUCACAGACGGAGCAGCUGCUAAAAAGUUUGCACUUAGUAAUAAUAAAAAGCAUGGAAAGAAAGGUAGCAGAAAAAUACAUCAAGGCAUUUAUAUUAAUCAAAUCUGUUGUUUGUGGGGAAUCAAUGAUAGCUUAAAAUCAAGAGCAUACGGGUAAAAGAAGGAAGCUGAUUUAGAUACUAAGCAUGAUAAGGUUCUGGAAUAUGAGAACAAAGGUGGCCAUUAUUAUCCCGCAGAUAGAGAGGGCAAGCUUGAUGAGUGGGGAGCAAUGGUUAAACAUAUGACUGCCAGACAUCAGGUAAUGGAGUUAGAAAAAAAAGAUAAGUAAAAGAAAUAGAAGGAGGAAUAUUAACAGUUCUUAGACCACUAAAGACUUGAAAAACUACAGCAAAAGAUGCAAGAUUAAACUCUUAAGAAGCAUGAAUAUGACCUUAUUUUGCAGAAAGAACAAGUACUGAAACAGUUAAACCAAUAACAAUCCGUUGAAUAAAAGAGUUACUAAGGUUAUUUAAAAAAUUAGUACUAGUAAAAUAUCACUGAGCAUGAUGUAAAGAAAAAAUUCGAUAGAGAUGUUGAAAUCGAAGAGGAAAAAAAUAGACAAGAUAGAAUCAAGAGAGAUCUGGAAGUGGAAAAAAGAAGAUAAUAUGAAAACAAGGAAAAAUUAAGAAUCGAAAUGGAUCUCGCCUUAAAAUACAAAGGAGUUAUGACUGACCAGGAAAGAUAACUGCUAGAGAGAAACAGAAAAGAAUGGCAGCAGCUAUGUGAGUAGAAUUCUAAAAAGGAGAUAGAUAGAGAGGAAUAAUACAAGAGAUUCUUUAAAGACUUUGAACAAGACAUGCAAAGAAGAAUGAAUCAGCAUAUCGAUCAUGUAUUAAAGGAAGAAGUUACGAAAUAAAGCAAAUAAGAUUAAAUAGAAAUGUCAAAUGAACAAAGGUACAAGGUAUGGCAAGAACAAAAGGAGAAAUUUGAGAAGGAUAUCAGGAUGCAGGGACUGAGAGACAUGCACAAUACAAACAGAAAUCUAAUGGAACAAUAGAUGAGUAAAAUCAAUUAGGAUAAAAAUGAUAUGAGAAAGGUUAUUGAGGAUAGACAUGUUGAGGAAACUGAUUACAGAAACUUCGAAAGGACUAUGAAGGAUUAAGAUAGAGAGAGAAGAAAAAUUUAUAAGGAUACUCUUGAUCAUCAAAUGAAGAUUCUUGACAUGCAGAAACACAAAUAUGGUACUAUGACUAAUGAAGAGAAGAGAAUGAAUAAACUUGAUCUUCACAAUUACAAAGCUAAUGAUGCUCACUAAUUUGAAGCUAUGAUUCCUGGCAUUCAUAACUUAAACACUGUUGGAACAUCACCUUUGAAAAGAGGUGCGACCUAAAUCCUGAAUCAAACUAGACAAUCAACAUCCAAUACUGAUUUGCACUCUGCUAGCGAGCAAUAAAAUCAUCGAACACUAGGCUAGAGUCAAAGCAUGAGAGUUCUUUUGCCUUACCACAAUUAGAGCCCAAUGACUAAUGAAGUUAAAAGUAAAAUCAUAGAAAAGAAGGAGAAUGCAAUUGAUCCUGAUAAGUAUAAUCCCAUUACAAACCCCAUUCCUUGGGUCAAUUAGAAUCCAUAUGUGAACAAAGAAAAAAAUAUUGUAAGAGGAAGUGGGCGAUCUACCCUCAUUCUAUAGUGA